AUGACUAUCUUCAAGCAACUUCUUGUGGUCGCUUUGAUUCUGGCAAUCCGUCUUUUCGCUUCAUCUGACGCAAUUCCCGUUCCUCAAAACGGCAUCCCAUUUCUCAUUCCACUAAACAGUAUCACAAUUCCCGUUUCACCCAUUCCUAUUUCACAAAACGGCGGCGAUGGCGUCAACAUCGGCGACGGCCACAGUGGCGAUGGCAACAACGGCCCCACCAUUGUUAACAGCGGCAUCAACGUCGGCGACGGCCACAGUGGCGACGGUGAUAAAGGCGGCGUCGGUAUCGUUAACAGCGGCGUCAAUGUCGGCCCCGGCAACGGCGGCAACAGCAUUAACGGCGGCACCGGUGGUACCGGCACCAUUAAUAACGGUCUCAACAUAGGCAUCGGCAACGGCGGCGAUGGCAUUGACGGCGGCGUCGGUGGUAUCGGCAUCUUUAACAACGGCAUCACCAUCGCCAAAGGCUACGGUGGAAACGGCUACGGCAUCGGUGGUUAUGGUGGCCCCGGCAUCUUUACCGGAAUCGACGGCCUAAGCUUGGGAAGCAUCGGCAUCGGUGGCAACGGCUACGGCAGUAAGAGGUAG